UCUGUCAGAAAUCCUAUGUGGAGAAUGUCAGUCACUUCCUCCGUGCUGGAGCGGAGGAGUGUGAGGCUGAGCGGAGUCGACGCGUCGGACAGCGGGGAUGAGUGGGAGAUCGGGCUCGGGGAUCUGAUCAUCGACCUGGACGCCGAUUUGGAGAAGGAUCGACGUAGAUCGGAAAUGCACGGGGGGCGCGCUCUGGCCGUGAAAGGCGCGGAGAGCGGCCAGGGGGAGUCGGAGCGGGAGCGGGAGAGGGAGCGAGAACGCGAGGGUGCGCUGGACGGCCUCGGGGGUCCCGGCGCGCAUCCCACCGCCGCCGCCCGAGCCAGUCUCGGCAAGGAGGCGAGGAAAUUCAAGGAGAAGCGGAGGCACUCGCUGGGGGACGGGGACGCCGAGCUGUUCGCGUCGGGUGCGGGAAAACGGCGUGAGCCUCAAGGACGCAUCGGAGGAGGGGAGCUCACGGGGAUGAACGCGGCGGCGGCAGCAGCGACGCUGGAGCGCGGCGGCUGCGGCCACCCCGAGCAGCAGCAGCCCGGUGAUGUAAGCGGCUCCUGCGCCAAAGGCAAAGAGGGGAAGAGGGGGAGGAAUCAGGGCAGGGGGCUGAAGCGGGAGGCGCGGGACUCGGUGCGGGCGAGGAAGGACAGGCACGGCGGCGAUGCCGCGGCGUUAGGACUGGGCCCCGUCCCGCAGGACGAGGGCGGCUGGAAGGAGAAACCGUGCUAUUGUGGAGACAACGGAGCGGCGGACGCUGGCAUGAGGGUUGUUGGCGCUAUUGUUGCCGAGCGGGCUGACGGAGCCUGCUCGCCUGAACCGGCUCAUAAGACGUUAAGUAUAAAAACCAGGUCAGUGGGAACCAAUACCCAAGAGGCUGAAAGAGCCAUUGAGUCAAACUACAUGGAACCAUGUCAACCAGGAACAAGCGUAAAUUUGGAGGGGAUCGUGUGGCAUGAAACAGAGGAGGGGGUUCUUGUGGUGAAUGUCACAUGGAGAAAAAGGACCUAUGUGGGAACUCUCUUAGACUGUACCAAGCAUGACUGGGCUCCACCUCGGUUUUGUGAGUCCCCAAUGAGUGAUUCUGAAAUGCCAUGUGGGAGAGGACGUGGCAAACGAAUGCGACUGGCAGUGUCAGACCAGCCUGGCGUAGAACCUGGCCUCUCCAAGAUAAGAGGGCUAACACAUAAGAGGCGAGGAGUGGGCAUAGGCAACAAAGGCAGGCGAGGAAGUCUAAACCUCAGUACCUGUAGGACUCCUGCAUACUAUUCAGUGGAAGACAUCAAAUCAAGUCCACUUAUAUGUGGUAAAAGAAAAAGCAAAGCCCCAGCCGAUCUAGAUUUGAGCCUAGUUUCAGAGGACGUUAGGAAUGGAAAUGGAAAAAGAAUGCGUGCCAAAUCCAGGAGUGCUCCUUCCACUCCACAGGGCAAAUCAGAUCCAGCGUUUCUAGACCAGGUCUGCGCCUCUCCGAUGCUAAUUGAUUGCCCACACCCUAACUGCAACAAGAAAUACAAGCAUAUCAAUGGGCUACGCUAUCACCAAUCACACGCACACUUGGACAGCGAUAGCAAACAGGAGUUUGAGGCAGAGAGUGAGGACAGGCUAUCUGAUUACGAGGAAUCACUCAGCAAUGUGGCCUUUGACUCCACUGAAAAUCUGGAAAUUAUUUCCAAGAAGCCAAGAACCAUAUAUAAGCUAAAUUCAGGUGGAUCUCCAAAGAGCAGAAAGUUAUUGCUAAACAGUGAUCACAGUCCCACAGCAAGCACUAAACCCCGGAGGAAUAUGGUAGGCAAGGAGGGACCUGUAGAUGACUUGAGCAACCUGCCACUGAUUUCAAAUAUGUCUGUGGUCCUAGAGAACUGCCUCAUCACGGACCGUAACUCAUCUGUAGAGAUGCCUAAGCUUGAAGCCGAAGGUGUCAUUGAGAAGAGGGAGGUUAAAAAAGAAAAUGGAAUUGCUGAAAGGUGUUCAGCCAAAUCUAGGGCUAACAGACUUAUUACUACUCCUGCACCCCCAAAGCUUAUUGCUAUUCCCACAACUUAUCCUACUAAAAUCACAGAAAACUCAUCUCAUCAACCUUCUCCAACUGUUGCUCUCACAAAAGCUAAAAACAUAUCACUAAAACCGAUCAAGCCAAAGUUGGACAUUGUUACUCAAGUUAAUAUGGCGAAUGCAACUAUAGUUUUGAGUAAAGAAAGUAAGAGAAAGGAUAAGCACAGAUUAAAGGACAGAAAUUGUAAAGAUCCAAGAAGUCCGAAAAGUGAUCCUGUCUUCACAAAGGCAGAGGAAACAAAAUGUAUAGGAAAAGACUUUCCAGUCAGCCUGUUGAAAGAGCAUUUGAGCAAACAAGACAUUGUCAAUUGUCCGAGUGAAACUCAAGAAAGUCGAAUGGCAAGUAUCAGAGCUGAGGCUGACAAAGUGUACACCUUUACUGACAACGCUCCCAGCCCUUCCAUUGGGAGCACAGCACGAAUGGACUCUGGGACGCUGUCAAAUGGAGAUGGCAAUACCACCAAAACAAACAGUCCAGCAUACUCUGACAUAUCUGAUGCGGCUGAGGACGGUGGUCUAAAUUCAAGAUCAAGAAGAAACUCGGCUCCUGACUCCAGUCUGAAUGGAAAUAUUAAUGCCAAAAUUCCCUGCCCAGUUACCCCCAUCACUACAGCCCUGGGUAAAGAAGCUCAGUCGUCAACUCACAGCCACGGAUAUGAAUCUUAUGGUCUUCCGGGAUACAUGCACUCUGGACAAAGCAACUCUGCACCUUUCCUAAAGAUCUCCACACCCUACAGUAGAACUAAAGAGGAUAUCAGAGAGUUAAACGAGGACCUGAAAAGCACAGAAUCAAAUGUGGAAUCUAACUCUCAGUCACAGCUUCAGUUAGCCAUGACCCAAACCCAAACUGCUCUAGCUCAGUCCUUGUACUAUGGACAGUACACUCGUAAUGUCCCAGUUGACCAGAAGGUCUUAAUAGUUCCAAACACCCACCGGCAGCAGAAUGAUACAUGCUGUGAUGACGUGCAAUACAGUAAACCGAGCAGAGUUCAAGCUAGACGUGGACCUGAGCAGAAAGAGCGAAUGAAAGAGGAUCCAAAACCGAUGAUAAAUUCAUCUGCUACAAUCCACAAGGGAUCAAACUCUGUUAAAAUCAACUGUGCAAAGCCAGGCUUCAUCUAUGUAGAGCUGGACAAACAGUUAUCACUUCAGCAGACGCAAACAAAGUCUUCUCUAAUGUCAAUGGCCAAAGACCAAGGGCAUAACACGGAGUCUGAAGACUUCAACGCAGAAAGUCAGAAUACAAAAACAAAUGUGGACACAAAUGUAACAUAUCUGAAUGCUUCAGCAUCCCAGUCCUGGAGCCACUCUUUUCAGUCCAAAUAUGUGAAGCAGCAAAAUCAAGAAGUAAACAAGGUCUCUCAGGAAAUAGGCCCAGACAAGGUGAAAGAGUGGCGUGGUGUUCCUGAAGCAGAUUCCAGACUGGAGGCAGAGCUUCAAAAUGUGAAGUGUGAGACACCUCCAGAGGACAUCGAAGACAGCCCCAGAGCAGAGGUGGAAGAGAUACCCAGCGAAAGCUCUGAAGACUCACAGAGUAUGAGAGUGGCUUCUUCUCAACAAUCCUACAUUCAGUACCAGCAUUCCUACCCCUACCUCCACUUAUGUGAGGCAAACAACACUUCCUUUAGGGUGAUGUCACCAGCACUGGUGCACAACUACCCAGGUUUCCAUUACCCUCUAUAUGGGAAGACAGCCGGCCGAGAGGACUCGGAAGGGACACAGAACAGCAAGCCGGUGACUGACCCCACAGCCCUGGAGCUGCUGCCCCAUCACAAUCUUCCAUACCAUGGCAAAUCUCCUGUGCCUGGAGAGCGGGGAUCUCCAGAUGAGGACAGGGAGACGGAACAAGAAAGAGAAAAUGUUCCUUUUGCACAUCACCUUCACACACAUCAUCACACUCAUCUGGGCAUGAGCUACACUCUUGUGUCGGGGCAAUAUGACCCUUACCAAGGAGAAAAGAAAAACUAAAAGAACCUCAGCACCAGUUAAUGUUUAUUAGAAGCAUAAAAGCUGGUCAUUUUAAAGAACAUUUUAAAGUCUUUAAGAAAGUCCUUCAGGCUCAUUUUUGUUUUAACCAUGAAAUCUUUGAAGAAGGACCUGAGAAUGGAAGCCUUGGUUGCCAGCCAGCAAGUGGCAACCACACAGACUGCCAGUAUAUAUCACUGGAAAUAGCCCCUGUCACUUUAUUAUGGGAUUAUUUGUGAAUACUGAUUAUUCAUUGUACAAUUGCAGAAAAUUAUACGAAAAUGUGAGGCCAAACGACAGGUCCCUGGCUCACACAAGGAUUCAUAGACAUCAAUUCCAUGGUGUUAUUCAUUGCCUCCAUGGGAGGCAGAAACUUUUUUUAAUUAAUGAAUGUAACAUUAGAGGAACAAUGCAGUGCUAAUAUUAUGGAACGAUGUAUAGGUAUGUAACAGUAUUGCCAUAGUGAGACAAGGCUUUGUAAAAUAGGCUAUUUGCUUAUGGGUGCCUGUCACAAGAGACAAACAUGUAAAGCUUUCUCUACUAGGAUUUCGCCUGUAUAUGGCUGCAUCUAGCUAGUUGUAUGCACAUGUAUCGUUGUGUACCAUAAUAUUGAAUGUAUUUGAUAUUUCAUGACCUCUAUGUGGUAAAGGAUGAUUUUACAGUAGACUGUAAGGUGGAUCUGUCUGCAUUAACCUAUUAACAUGAAUAUACUGUUAUUAGCCACAGCCAUUAACCGAUUGUAUUGUAUUAAGUGAAAGGAGUUAAUCAACACAUCUCAGUGCCAUAAAGUAUUAUCGUAAUGUACAUUUUGUACAUAGUUUAACAAAGCUUAAUACUACUAGCUUAUGUACAGUUGUUUUCAGUGCAAUGUACCGUUGUCUAUAUCACCUCACAUGGCAAAAGUAGUCCCCUUUGUUACUUGAAUAGUGCUGCAUUUAUCUAAAUAUGUUUACAAGUACAUCUUUGGAAAAACAAGUCAGUGUUGUAUUUUGGUUUGUCCUUACUGUCAUUAGUUUUUCUUGAUGUCAACUAUACAGUUCCAUGAAAUUACAGUUGCUUUUUAUACUGUUCUUGCCUUAACACAUUUGUCAAUCCAAAUAAAAAGUAAAGGUUGUUUGUACAUGA